AUUACGGUAUAACGCAAUUGAAAAGUGGCCUUCUUGCUGCAGUUGCGUCGUGAGUGGAAUGAACCAAGUAAAUUUGACAUCAUGUAUCCAUCCUUGAAUCCCUUGAAAGAAAAGAUUCAUCUAUUUUCACCAUUGUGCGCUAAAAGAAUUUUAAGGUCGAAUUAUCUGUACUUAUCUCGAUAUGUAUCAAAUACAAGGGACGGGGAACCGUGCGAUGCGAAGGCCCAGCCACAGCAUGUGUCCCUUUUGCAACCUGAAAAUUCAAGACGAGAUAAGAGCAUCAACUCUAAACCCAUCAGACUUGGAAUAUGUCGUCUGGCAAGUGGAAAGCUACAAGUCAUAACCAGUGCAUCUACUCUUGGUGACCAGGAAAGAGGGAGUCGAUCAUGGAGCUGGAGUAAGUCAUAUCUUCAAAAAAGAGAGAACUCUUUGAUGUUGGCAUCAGUUAGCAAACCAUCAAGCCUUGUUGUGUUAGAUGAUGCAGGUCAUUGCUCUGUAGAUAAAGAUGUCUCACCUUACACAGAAAACAACCACAAUAGGGAAGAGCAAUCCAACGCUGAUCAUGAAGAGCUCCCUCUACUGUUCCUACAUGAAAACAACAACUAUGAAGAAGCUUUAAAGACUAUUGGAGCAGCUGGAGAGUCAGGGAGUCUGUGCCAGUCUGCAGCUGCACAACUUAAAGACCUUUGCCAUCAUCUUCACGUGGAGGAUGCAAUUUGGGCUGCAGCCAAACCUUGUAAAGACAGAGUUGAUGACAUCAUCAUUAGGAAGGAUUAUUCUGCAGGCGAAUCGUACAAACAUGACUACUCGUUCUUCUUUCAAAGCACUGAUACUGGCAUUCAGUCCCUCUCAGAAAAAGAAACUGGUAAAAAACUAAAUCCAUGCACUGCUAAUCUUCCAGAACGUGUCGAACCUAGUAUGAAGCAUCCAUACACGUUGCCUCCCGAUAAACUAAUCCCUCAUGAUGCAGGAAGUUUUUCAACUGCAUCUGACAUACCUGUAGUAGGUAGCGCAAGUUAUGAGGACAUGUUGUCAGUGCUGCAAUGUGUCGGAGAGAGUGAAAAGAAGACUGAUGAUCCCGCCCCGUCAGAUGGGCCUAGUAAGGAGCAGUUGUCUUACAUGCACCAUCGUCUGUCAGAGGAAAUGCCAAAAUUCUUUGAGCAAUCUCAUGACUAUGGAUUGUAUGCAGACACUGUACAUUUUGAUAAUCGUAUCAUGAAAGUCAGUACGAGAGGCCUAGCUGCUUACAAAGCCACUGUGCAAUCCUUGAAGUAUUUGAGUACGGCCUAUCUGACCAGCUCCCAGAUGGAGCUCCUCCGUAUCACCAUGGAAACCGAGCAGCAUUGCAUCCAGGCACGAUGGCGAAUAAAAGGAGUGCCCUUGCAUAGCUACCUCUUGAGGCCUUGGGGGAAGAAACAUAAGUAUAGAUACUUUGAUGCAUUUUCAACAUUUUAUGUUGGUAGUGAUGGAUUGAUUCACAGCCAUGUCCUUGAUAAGGUGAUGCCAAGUUCUGAAGGCAAGGUUGUUGCAGCGUCUUGGGCCGUUAGGUUAGGGAUCAUGAUGGGCGUGGUGAGACCUCCGGCCUAUGAACCAGACAUCAUGAAAGCUAUUACUCUAAUGAAGGCUCUCCUGGGCAAGUAGCAGUGUACGUGGAUCAUAAUUCUGAAAAAUUGAUAUUUAGAAAGCUUUUGCUCGCAUGAAGUUUUUCGGCCAGUGGCAAGUCCCUGGAGAGUCAUCAGGCCUUGGGCUGGCGUAAUGAUGCCCGUCAGUCAGCUUUCAAAAAAUAAGUCAUGGAUGAAUUUUCAUCCUGUGAAGUCGACAUGAUUAAACCUGUAUGAGGUCUCUUCUUGCCAAACACCCGUUUGAGAGAUAUUAAUCAUGAUCCGUACACUCAGACAUUGUGAAACUUCUCUUGGCAUUGAUGCCCAUGAUCAUAAGAAUCAAUUACUAUAGCAAGCUCAAGCUCAUCGCUCUUUAUAUAUAUUUCUCGGCAAAGUAACCUCUUAAAGGUAUUGUUUAACUUUGUGAGCAGCCGAUUUAAAAAUUUAUCAAACCAAGAUGAAACAUGUGUACAAGUGCAUGUAUUAGAACUAAUAAACCCUGAAAACGACCAUUAUUGAGAAUGAAAAACUACAAGGCAAACCCCGAUUUUGUAAAUAGGCGUCUUAUAGACGCCUAAAUAGUACACAUAAGUGUAUGGGAUGAAAUUAAGAUGGUGUUUUUGGUCACUUUAUAUUUCAAUUUUUGAAGCACUAAAUAAUUAUAUUCCAACGCAAUUUUUUCUGGGCUUCAUUUUUGUAACAUAUCACAGACACGGGUGACAAGUGUGACCUUCUAGCUCAGAUUUUUUAAAAGUCAACCAAUGUUAACCAAUCACUUAAAGUAUUAUUAUUUGUGAUAUGGAUUGGAGGCAAUGCUUAGGGGGUGGGGCAAGUAGGUGUUAAUAAUAUUGAUCAUUGAAGUGAGAGUGCCAUCAUUUAAGCUAGUGGGCUAUUCCACGGUUACUCACGUUACAUUUAGAGACACCUUGACUCAUACUUGGAGCUGUAACUCCAUUAUUAUUGAUAGGAACUAAACAUCUCUUUAUCACAACAUAGUACGCAGUCUGACUAUCCUUUGUAUAAAAACAAAACUUGGGAAAUUUCAUUAUGCUCCUGGCAAAUCUUUGAAAUGUGUCGGUUACUCAUGUUACAUGAUUUGGACAUGCAUAAAAUGAAAAGUGGACAUAAGUGAAAAGUGUCCUCAUGCAAGGCUUUUAUGAAAGUUGAUUAUAUCCAUUUCAAAGAAGUAUAUUAGGGAGACAAAUUUGUAUAUAAUUAAAAAAAUAAAGAACACAUGGUUUUUACAAUGGGUGCAGAUAAAGUCGUUACUCACGUUACGGUUCAGAUGGGCUAUAUGUACAAAGACACAUUGAGCUCAUGUCCACCAACCUAUGGAAUUGCCCUAUUGCAAAUGAGUUCCCAUCUUGAUAAGUAUUCCUAAAAAAAAAAUUUCAAGACCCUCUUCAUAAAAUUCAUUACUUUUGUAUUCCCUACUUCUUGAGCAAGCAAUGCUUCAUUAAUCUGAUCAACUGAAUUCAUUUAUCAUCUGUGCAUAUAUCUUCAAAAUUUGUCUGCUACUGAUUACUAAAUUCAAACUUGGUCUUUGUUAAAACAAUUUGUUAUGAAAGUGAUAUUUAUUUACUCCAUGUUAUUUAUACUGGUUUUUAUCCAUUUGAUAUUCGUGCAGACGGCCUAAUUCUGUUUAUUUACUAUCUGUAUGGAUACUGGUUUAAUAAUAUCCACUUGGCCUACAAGCAGAUGGUCCCCAAUUCUCAGAUCAUCAAACACCAUCGUGGCUAAAUCUUCAUGGUCUACCAUCAAUUUGGUAUCAUUACUAUUUGGUCAAACCACCUUUUGGUCUAAUUUUGCCAUACGCCAAGAAUGUGUAAUUCAAUUCAAUUCAAUUCAAGUUUAUUUUGCUCUCUGCAUAAAAAUGAACACAAAUGUGGUAAAAUACAUAGGAACAAAAGUUUACAUAACAUCAAAGACAUAAAAAAGCAUUGAGAGGGAAGCAGCCAAAAAGAAAAAGAAUAUCCUUAUAAAAAGGCCGACCCAACUUACUUUAAAAAGAAUAAUAAUUAUUGACAAUAUC